CCGCACGUAAGCCACCCGGUCGAGUCGACUCAUGGCGGCUCCGGGCGCGGCGUCGCCCGCUGCGAGUCACCCACGGCGCCGGCGCCGGCUUGUGACGUCACGCCGCGCCGGGCCGAGCCGGCAAGAUGGCGGCCUCCGUGCCGGCGUCCACGCCCCGUCGAGCGCCAAAUUCAAAUCGGCGGCCAUCUUGAGCCUGGGGCGGCGGCGCGGCCGGCGGUGGGUGCCCGGAGCGGCGAUGUCGGGCUCCGGCGGGGAAGGCGCCAUGGUCUCCCGCUGCAAACAUGGGCAGCACAGUGUGAGUGACAGUCAGUCUAACCCAGCCAGCAGUGAAGGCGACACCAUCAAAGUCUUUGUGCGGAUCCGUCCACCCGGAGACGGUUCUGGCUCAGCGGACGGAGAGCACAGCCUGUGCCUCACCGCUCUCUCCUCUACGACGCUGCGGCUGCACUCCAACCCCGAGCCCAAGAUCUUCACGUUUGACCGUGUCGCAGACAUGAACACCACUCAGGAGUCUGUAUUCUCAGCAGUGGCCAAAGGCAUUGUGGAGUCUUGUAUGAGCGGCUAUAACGGCACCAUCUUUGCAUACGGACAGACAGGUUCAGGGAAGACAUUUACUAUGAUGGGACCAUCUGAAUCUGAUAAUUUUUCUCAUAACCUCAGAGGAGUAAUCCCACGAAGUUUUGAGUAUUUAUUUUCCUUAAUUGAACGUGAAAAACAGAAGGCUGGUGCUGGGAAGAGCUUCCUGUGCAAGUGCUCCUUCAUCGAGAUCUACAACGAGCAGAUCUACGACCUGCUGGACUCGGCGUCCGCUGGGCUGCACUUGCGAGAGCACAUCAAGAGGGGCGUCUUUGUCGUCGGCGCGGUGGAGCAGGUGGUGGCCUCGGCUGCCGAAGCCUAUCAGGUGCUGUCCGGAGGGUGGAGGAACAGACGGGUGGCGUCCACGUCAAUGAACAGGGAGUCCUCUCGGUCGCACGCAGUCUUCACCAUCACAGUAGAGUCCAUGGAGAAAGGCAACGAGACCGUGAAUAUCCGAACCUCCCUGCUCAACCUGGUGGACUUAGCAGGCUCUGAAAGGCAGAGGGACACCCAGGCGGAAGGGACGAGACUGAGGGAAGCAGGCAACAUAAACCGAUCUUUGAGCUGCCUGGGCCAAGUCAUCACUGCUCUUGUCGACGUGGGUAACGGAAAACAGAGACACGUCUGCUACAGAGACUCCAAACUCACCUUCCUGCUUCGGGAUUCCCUCGGAGGUAAUGCCAGAACUGCUAUCAUUGCAAAUGUUCACCCUGGAUCCAGGUGUUUUGGGGAAACCCUGUCAACACUUAAUUUUGCUCAAAGAGCCAAGCUGAUUAAAAAUAAGGCUGUGGUCAACGAAGACACCCAAGGCAAUGUCAGUCAGCUCCAAGCUGAAGUGAAGAGACUCAAAGAGCAACUGUCCCAGCUCUUGUCAGGGCAGGUGACACCAGAAAACUCUCUAGCCAGAGGAGACAAAGACGAGACUAAUUAUGUGAAGUAUUUCCAAGAGGCGAUGCUAUUUUUCAAGAAGUCUGAACAGGAAAAGAAGUCUUUGGUAGAGAAAAUUACUCAAUUAGAAGACCUUGCCCUCAAAAAAGAAAAAUUUAUUCAAUCCAAUAAAAUGAUUGUGAAAUUCCGAGAGGAUCAGAUAACGCGCUUGGAGAAACUCCACAAGGAGUCCCGGGGGACCUUCCUGCCUGAGGAGCAGGACCGCCUGCUCUCAGAAUUGAGGGAUGAGAUUCAGACUCUGAGAGAACAGAUAGAGCACCACCCCAGGGUUGCCAAGUACGCCAUGGAAAAUCACUCCCUCAGAGAGGAGAACAGGAGACUGAGACAACUAGAGCAUGUGAGAAAGGCUGAGGACGCCGAUGCCCAGACCGUCGCAGCGCUGGAGAAGAUGUUCUCCGAGCUCUCUGUUCCAGAGAGGCCUGAGAAAAGUCAGCAAGUGUUCUCUCCUAAGGCCCCCAAGGAGCCCAGUUCAGUAGCCAGCAGUGAGAAGUUAAAAGCGCAACUCUUGCAGAUCCAAAGUGAGCUGAACAACUCAAAGCAAGAAUAUGAAGAGUUCAAAGAGGUGACCAGGAAAAAACAGCUAGAAUUAGAAUGUGAACUUCAGUCUUUGCAAAAAGCCAAUCUUAAUCUUGAAAAUCUUCUGGAAGCAACAAAAGCUUGCAAGAGGCAAGAAGUUUCUCAAUUGAAUAAAAUCCAUGCGGAAACCAUUAAGACGAUAACUACGCCCACUAAGAUGCUUCAGCUUUGGUCUCGGCCAGUCUUCAGGCUCAGCCCUGAACCGGGAAACCUCGGCUCAGUGUCCACUCCGGAUCCCAGCAAGGCAGACAGUGACAUCAUCAAUGAGCCUGUGCCGCCUGAGAUGAGUGAACAAGCUUUUGAGGCCAUUUCUGAAGAGCUUAAGCUGGUGCAGGAGCAGAUGAGUGCCCUGCAGCUCAAGCUGGAUGGCGCCGAGCAUAAAAACCUGAAGCUUCAGCAGCACAUCGACAAGUUGGAGCAUCGCUCCGCGCAGAUGCAGGAGCUUUUCUCCUCAGAAAGAACAGAUUGGACCAAACAGCAACAAGAUCUUCUCUCACAAUUGAAUGUCCUUGAGAAGCAGCUUCAAGACACUGAGACUAAAAAUGACUUUUUGAAGAGUGAGGUCUAUGACCUUCGUGUAGUCCUGACCUCCGCUGACAAGGAGCUGUCUUCAGUGAAGCUGGAGUAUGGUUCAUUCAGGGCCAGGCAGGAGAAGGAACUCAACAACAUUUCCGAAAGACAUAUGCACAUACAACUUCAACUUGACAGUGUCAGACUUGAAAAUGAAAAGCUUCUUGAGAGUAAGGCCUGCCUUCAGGAUUCCUAUGAGAACUUACAAGAAGUAAUGAAGUUUGAAAUCGACCAACUUUCAAAAAGCCUCCAGAGCUGUAAACAAGAAAAUGACAUCCUGAAAGCUGAUCUUAACAAUUUGGUGGAGCUUUUUGAGGCAGAAAAAGAAUGCAAUAACAAAUUAUUAUUACAAUUUGAAGAAGAUAAAGAAAACAAUUCUAAAGAAAUCCUAGAGGUCCUCGAGGUUGUACGUCAGGAGAAACAGAAAGAGAUGGCCAAGUGUGAACAGCAGAUGGCAAAAGUACAGAAACUAGAAGAGAGUUUGUGUGCUACUGAAAAAGUGAUCAUUUCCUUGGAGAAGUCCAGAGAUGCCGACAAGGAAGCUGUGGCUGGUCUCAUGAGCCAGAUCCAGGAGCUAAGGACAUCCGUCUGUGAGAAGACAGACACCAUAGACACCCUGAAGCAAGAAAUACUGGACAUGAACGGCAAAUACAACUCAGCUUUAGCUGAGAGAGAUGAGAGCAAAGCAUUGGUUAGCAGACAGGAAAUGGAGAUUCUGGAUCUGAAAGAAACCCUUAGACUGAGGAUACUCUCCGAGGAUAUAGAGAGGGACAUGCUCUGUGAAGACCUGGCUCACGCCACCGAGCAGCUGAACAUGCUCACGGAAGCCUCGAAGAAGCAUUCUGGGCUGCUGCAAGGCGCCCAGGAGGAGCUGUCACGGAAAGAGGCCCUGAUCCAGGAACUGCAGCAAGAGCUAACCCAAAAGAAGGAGGAAGUGGAACAGAAAAAGAAGGAAUAUAACCUCAAAAUGAGACAACUAGACCUUGUGAUGGAGACCACUACAGAGGGUCUGCAGAGCCCUAGGACGCCACCGCCCCUCCAGACACGCCAGGCUAAAGUGCUGGAAACACAAGAACAGGAGAUAGAAGACAGAAGAGCCUCGAAGGUUUCCUUGGAACAUCUUGUAACCAAGCUCAAUGAAGAGAGAGAAGUAAAAAAUGCUGAGAUCCUCAGAAUCAAGGAUCAGCUGUGUGAAAUGGAAAGUGUGCGUCUGGAAGCUGAACAGUUAAAGGAGAAAAACUGGCUCCUGCAAAGUCAGCUAGACCAUAUCAAAAGCCAGCAGAACCACAGUGCACAGAAUCUUCCCGAGAAGCAGCAGCUGAAGGCUGAGCAAGAGCAGGUGAUCAAAGAAAGACUUGCCCGGAAUAAAUUAGUUGAAGACAUGCUGAAAAUGAAAACAGAACUGGAAGAAUUGCACGGCACCCUCCAGAGCAGAGAGAUGGACUGCCGGAGGAUGGCAGAGGAAGUGGAGCGAACUAGGAGUCUGGAAUCUAAAGCCUUUCAGGAGAAGGAGCAGCUGCGGUCAAAGCUGGAAGAGGUGAACGAAGAGAAGGAGAGGGUCUUCCAGGAGAUGGACCUGUUAAGGAAGCAGGUGGAAUGUCUUGCUGAGGAAAACGGAAAGUUGGUAGGUCACCAGAACCUGCAUCAGAAGAUUCAUUACGUUGUCCGGCUGAAGAAGGAGAACGUCAGACUCACCGAGGAGACAGAAAAGUUGCGUGCUGAAAAUAUCAUUUUAAAAGAAAAGAAAAAAAGUGAACCAUAAGGAUCCUGGUCAGCUGCCUUGGUAUCACCUGUUCUGAGCCUUCUCCCUCCUUUAUAAAGACCUGCCCAUGUGAACUGCA